CCUUAUGAGGCGGUGGUGGUGGUGGUGGUGCUGAUUGUGAUGUUCAGCUGAGGAUCGUAGUGUCUUGAUGUUUUUUUGAAUUUCAAACUGAAUGGAUAGAUGAAUUACGCAGCUUAUUCCGGAAAGGGACGAAAAAUGCCUGGGGGGGAGGUGCAGAAGACUUUCAAGAUAUUCUGUGGCAAUCUGGCUGGAGCUGCAACUAAAGAUGACCUUUACUAUCUUUUCUCACGUUAUGGGCCCGUUGUUGAGGCUGUUGUCAUGGUGGGCAAAUUUUAUGGCUUUGUGCACAUGGCAUAUGAAGAGGAUGGCUGGAAGGCAAUAUGUGAACUUCGUGGUUAUAAUCUUCAUGGCAAGACAAUGGCAGUUGAAGCUUCAAUCAAUUCCAAAAAAGCAACUCCUCUUUAUAAGCAGAAUAUCAUAGGGAAAGGAAUCACCACACUAGACGAUUUUAAUGACUAUAGUUCGUCCAAAUCAAAGUCAGCUGAAGGAAGAGAGAGACGUCCGCCACCAGAAUCCUUUACAUCGUUCAACAAACCAGGAGAAUCUUCCAUCAGGCCUACCAAUCCUCCACCUCCCACAAACUAUUACUACCAUCCAGCCUUCCCAGCAUCAGCCAGCAGUAGCCAGCCCUCCCCAAUUGGCCACACACCACCUCCAAUGUCUCGAACCUCCCCCAGACCAGAGUUAGCAUCCUUGAAAACAAUGGAGUCUCUUCAGGGAAGAGAGUCUCCCUUGUUAAAAAUGCAAGCUGUUGAUGCCAAUUCAAAUCCAAUACAGGAGCACAAUACUGAGAGGCUAGAAGGAGUUUCACCAUGUUGCAAUUUAUGUGGUUCAGUAUUUGAUGAGUGGCAGCACAAACCCAAAAUUCUCAGCUGUGGCCAUACGUUUUGUUGUAACUGCUUACUAUGUUUAGCUCAAGAUGUAGAAGUAAAAUGUCCCUCUGGGUGUCCCUAUACAACAGCACUCACCGAUGCUGGCAUAUCCGGUUUAACUACAAAUUACACAGUGCCAAUCAAAAAGCUUGUAAAUACCAGCAUCUCCCCGUCCUUGUCUGGCAUAUCUUCAGGCUUUGUACUCCAGAAUGGUGCACAGAGGCCAAGCACUAGUCCAUCACCAAUGGUAUGCUGCAGCUGCCCAAAGAUUCCUGCUGCAGAGUCAUGUAAUAGUAACGGACAUCACCUCAUAGCUGAGGACCAGGCCAGAGACAUCUUCCGAACAGACCUCAAGACUUCCCUUGAGGUAACACUUAAGAAAUUGCGACAAACUAUGACUUUGAGAGCGACCAUGAAAGAGAGGCUGGAGCGUACCGUCCUAAGCGUAGAGAAGUUUUUGGACGAGUUAAGGCAGAAGGUUGAAGGUGAGCAGUUGGAAGAAGCUGUAUUGCAGGAGCAUCUGGCAGAUCUCACCAUGGCUAGUGAGGCACUGGCAGAAGGCUCAUCCAUUUAUCAGUUGGUAGAAUCUUUUAAUCAGGUCCAAAAUUACAUUACCAUAAUCACUUCACAGUUCAAUCAGUGUGCUGCAAUAACAGCGAUCAACAAUGCAACAGAAGCUAUCAUUGUCAAGUUGAAGCAAUCUGCACUAGAACCAGUGCUAUCUUCCAUAGGUUUUAGUAAUGAGGAAGCAUUUUCUAUGAAUUCAUCUCUUGAAGAACAUGCCUUAUUUGGUAAUAAUGCUAAUGUCCUCCUUUUGUAUAUGUUAUCAGAUUUAUUGUCAACGAGAAUGUUACAACUGAAAGGUGUAAGUCCACGUAGUCCUAGCCAACAGCCACCUCUCUCAGCACCAAGCCCUCUUCAAUCACACUUGCCUCCCACACCUGUGUCAACAAAUGCUGUUGAUGAUGGAAGUAUUGGGCACAGUUUGGGUCUUCCUUCAAAUAAAAUGAAUGAACUAAAAAGUCAUGAAGUAGAAAAAAUGAAUGAGCUAAAGAGUCAUGAGAUGAAUAAUAUAAAUGAGCAUAUUCUACAGAUGACAGAGGCAAUAGAAACUGGAUCUCUGUUAGGAAGAAGUGAUGGCAUGGGAGCUAUGUCUGCAGGGGCAAAUGUUACUGGGCCAAACUCUGUUCAGUCAGCAGCAUUGUCUUUAGGAUUAUCUAACCUAUCACUUAUUGCUGCUGAAGCAUCUGAAAAUGGAAAAGAUGAAUUAGAAAGCCUUGGAGAUAGAAGAGAACCUAUCCCUGUAUCUUAUCUUGAUGCUGCAAAAAAGCCAGCAAAGCCAUCCCAGAGUCCUGAUGGUCUUCCCAAAAUGCACUUAGAGAAGCUUUGCACUACAUUAAGACCUAACAAAUUUCCACAUUGUUGGAUGGAGCUCUCCUUUGAUGGAGAACCAGCUGGUCGCAUAGUUUUUGAGCUUCGUCCUGAUAAGGCUCCUAAAAUGUGUGAAAAUUUUAUUGCGUUAUGUACAGGAAGAAGUGGUUAUGGCUACAAGGGGACACACUUCUUUAAGAGUGGAGAAGGCUUUCUUGCUGGUGGUGAUGUAGAGAAUGAUGACGGAACUGGAGGAUAUUCGGCCUUUGAGAAACGCACUUUUGAAGCUGAUCUCUGUCCCCUAAAAGAUGAGGUUGGCAUGGUGCGAUUUAAAGGUAUUGGCACCAGUGAUAAGGGAAGAGGAAUGGUUGGAUCACAGUUCAUGAUAUGGUGUGGCGACAGAGAUUUUAAGAAAUUUUCUUACAGCCUCGUGUUUGGCAAGGUUGUAGAUGGGUUAGAUGUAGCCAAAAAGGCAGCAGCAGUCAAUGUUCACAGGGUGUCUGUUGAAGUUGAAAAAUGUGGUGCAAUCUAAAUACAAUUUUACAUUACAUAUACACAUAGUUGCGUAACCAAUAUGUCCAGUAAUUUUAUAUUAACGUUUUGAUUAUAAACUGUAAAGGCAAGACUAUUAUGUGAAUUCUGGUUGCAGCAUUUACUUUCCUCUAGAAGUGCCUUAUAGCGUGCCUUUUUUUUUCCGUCUUGUGGCAUCACAGGUUUCAAUUAUUAUUAUUAUAUUAUUAUUCUCAUAAUUAUUCUAUUUUAUUUUUUUUAUUAUUCUUUUUUUUAGUAUAAUGUAUGUUUUCUUAUUUGGCAAGCUUGACGCCUAUUUUUCAUAAAUCUGGAGACAUUUUAAUUUGCUAUGGACAAUACAGUAUAGGUAAUGUCAACAACAGUGUACGUACUAGUAAGUAAGAGUGCAAACUGAAUGUUGAAAGAUUUUAAAAGUACAUCUCAAAUUGAUUUUUUUGCAUCCAGUAGGAGAGCUACAUUUAUUUAACAUACCUAAGUUAAUAUGUCUUUUAGUGACUGAAAAUACAGUAAACCCUUGCCUAUCUUGGUUGCAUUUAUUAUUUUUGUUUCUUGAAUUUCCUAUUCUUAACAGAGAAAAGCUGCAUAGUAUUGAUGAACAGAUUAAUAAUCCUUUAUUUGCAAUGCUUGGAGCUGGAAGUGUUUUGUAUUAUCUAAAUUUUUAAAUACUUUGGCAUUCCAAUUCAGAUUUAGCAGAGUAUUUAGUUCCCCACUAUACUAUGGUGUGAAACAUACUUCUUUAUGUUCUACCUUUUUGGCAGAUGUGCUGGAAGACACGUGAAUGAAGAUUAUGGUCAACUAAAUUUUACUUGAUUAAUUAUUGAUUUGAUAUUUAAUUUCUUGAUUCCAAAAUUUAAAGUGGCUUUGAGUGUUGGUCUAACUAUGCUUUUUGAUAUGUAAUACAAGUGCAUCUUUGUGGGGAAGGCUGGGUAGGAAUUAAAAGAUUGCUAAAAAGUGUUACCUUAAGUGAUUGAAAUUCUAGUUUUUGCCUUUAUACUUUCUUCUUAUAGUUACAGUUUAUCCCUUCCAUUACUUAAUCAACAUGAAAUAAACAUCAUGUUACGCAUAAAUUGGUGAGUCAGGUUCCCCACAUUCUUGAGUUAUGAAUUUACAUCAACAACAAUCCUAUGAUUAAACUGGUACUAAGAAAAUGUUUGUGAUACCUAAUGCUUGAUUAUUGAUCUCCAUCACCUAUUUGUUGAUAUCAUCUUAGUGAUAAUGAAAAGUUGUGGAGUUGGAAAUGGAUACAUUUUCUUGUAGCUCUAGAUUGAAAUUCAUGUUGAAUGAUUGCAAGUCUUUUUAGUUUAUGAGCUUCACUAUCAAUUGCUAUUCCAGUUUCUAAAUUAUGGAAUAUAACAAAUUUUCUAAAAUGAAAAUAUCCAAUAAUAUGGAAAUGAUGCUCUCUCUAACUUACCUGAUUUCGAAAUGUUGCCCUUGUGCUCCAGUGAUUACAAGUGAUUCAUAAGACGUAACUGCCACAUUUUUCAUAGCAGUAAAUAGGCUUCAAGGAUAUGAAUAGAUGUUUGUGAACUCAUAAAGAUGGCUUGAUAAACUCAGCUACUGUACAGUAUUACACUAUAUUGUGCUGUAACAGUUACUUCUACUUCCAGAGAAAAUUAUGUGAUUGGAAGACAGGAAAUUCUAUGAAGUGGGACAUAACUUUACUAAUUCUAGCCUUAAACUGUUGUAAUACAUCUAAUUGAUACUAUUUAGAUGCAUAGUAAGACCAACACUAUGAAAAUUAUAUUUUCAGCACUAGACAUCGUAACUACAUCUGAUAUAGCAAUGAAAAUACAAAAUUACACCUGUGAGUUAACUACAAAUAAGGAUAAAUUAUUUGUGGCAUAUCAUGUGAACAUGAAGCUUUCAGAUUUCAGAAUGUUUCAGAUAAAGGAUUCCCAAUCUGUAAUGCAUUAUUGGAAUCAACUGGGCUUGCAAAGACAUCUGUUGCACAGUACUGCUUUUCACCUAUGGUCUUGAAAAUAUGAAUUUUGAAAUUAUAACCAAAUUGUUUUUAAAACUUCCAUUAUUAAAAUAGGUAGUUACUCUAAAUUGAUUCUCACAUUAAAGUUAAACUAAAUGAGUAUCACUAUUUUCAGUAGUGCAUUAUAUUUAUAUAUAUUUUGUACAAUUAUUUUGAAGCAGAAUCCAGAAGCACACUGCUUAAACUUUUAUUGUUGAGAAGUGUGAACUAAUUUUUUUUUCUAUACUUAAUACAAUAGAAUGCAUAAGUCCAUUUUAUAAAUCCUUAGACGCAGCAUUGGCCUAAAAUGAUUCCUGGAUGUGGGAUUUGCAGCAUCUCAUUAUAUUAUUAAGAGGCUUGCAAUUUUUUACAUGUCCUGCAAAACCAUAGUAUUUUCAUCAUCAUCAUACUUACCUAUGUUCAUGUUCCAUCAGACUUUGCAAGUCAAGGGUUAACUGUAAUUGCUCAGAAAACAAAACCAAACAUAGUGGAUUGAUCAAUUAAGCUUCUAAUUAACAUGCAUAUAUACGUAUAUCAAUGAGUAAUUGUGUGUAAUUCCUAUAUUUGGUCAAGGAAAAUAUUGCAUUCUAGGUUACUAAGUUCUGUGUAUGAAUUUACUUGCCAUUCUCAUGUAUAAUUGUAAUGUAUGUAUAGUUAAGCCAAGGUCAUUACUUGGUACUCAAGUAGGUUAUGAUACAGAAGUUGGAAUGAGAACACCAGCUUUAGCCAUAAUGUCAUCGUUAUUGAAAUGAAGCUUUAGAUUCUUAAAACAAAAAUUGUUAGUAAUUUGUUUAUGAAUUGACCAAAUUUUUUAAAACUUUUAUUAUAGAAAAAUACUUGUGAGGGAAAAUAUGUCCAGCCUUUCCUAUCGUCGUAAGGUUCAGGUUAACCUGUGUUGAGUUCAGGGUAUUAAUUUUGUAGGUAUGCUUCUCAUUACCUGCGAGUGGCAUAGUUGCUGUUCUUACAAGUAUGGUUAUACAGUGGUAAUUAUUUGCUCAAUGCCUUUGUAAAUUCCUAGGUUUAUCUUUAUCAUUUACCAAAGUCGAUGUAUUUGUUAAAAUUAAUUUCAGCAAUAAGGGGCCAAUGUUUGGGUUAAACACAAGUAUUGUGGUAAGUAUUUACAUUUUUCAAGAAUGGACGUGUGUGUAGAAUUGGGGGCCAAUUUGAGUGAGUGGUUGCAGUGUUACAUAUCUACAAGAUUAGUGAGCAGUGGACAGCACUGAGUGAUUCUUUUUCACAUACUAUAACGGGGACUUAGUUGUGGAAAGUAUUAUUUUCAUCAUCUUAUAAUUACAGUAUUUAACAACCAAAAGGUAUUUAGUGUGCCCAGAUGAAAUCGAAUUAUGUCAUGAAUAGUUGGUGUAUAGUUACAAUAAUCUUUCUUAAUUACAGCACCUUUGAUACUACCGAAACUGCUUGUAUUUUUUUAUUAGUAUUAUAGUGAAGGGUAUAUAUACAAAUAUAUAUAUAUACAAACAGCCGCUGAAAAAUAACUGUAAUAAAACUUUUUUUUACAAGACAAUAAAUGCAAUACAUGGAAA